UUAUUUUUUAAGUACUGUCAUCGCUUUCUUUGUAACGUCUCUGACUCUCAAGAAAAGAAAAUACUACAGGCUCUGACUUCAACAACUCCAAAAUCAUCUUGUCCAUGGACGCCGAAGCAGCAGUGAUCGAAUUUUUGGGCUGCGUCCCGUUGCUACAACGGCUACCGGGCUCGUCUCUGAAGAAGAUCGCAGAAGUUGUCCUCGUCAAACGUUAUGAUGGUGGAGAGUAUAUCGUUUGUGAGGGUGAAAGAGGAGAUGGAGUUUACUUUAUAUGGGAAGGAGAGGCUGAAGUUUUCAGAUCCAUUACUGGCGAUGAAGAAAGUCAUACAGAGUUCCAAUUGAAGUGCUAUGAUUAUUUUGGUUACAGCACAUCUACAUACAUCCAUCAUGCGAAUGUAAUUGCUUUGUCCAAGCUGACAUGCUUAGUGCUACCCCAUGAACAUUGUAGUUUGCUGCAGAAAAAAUCGAUAUGGAGCACAGAUAAAAGUCUUGAGACCUGCUUAUCUAUGGAAAGUAUAUUAAACUUGGAGCCAAUAGAAGUAGAUAUAUUUCAGGGGAUCAACUUGCCAGAUGCACCCAAGUCUGAAAGGGUUUUCGGCGGACUACUUAUUGGACAGGCACUGGCUGCAGCGUCAAAAACUGUUGAUUUUCUAAAGGUUGUCCAUGGUUUGCACGCGUAUUUUCUUAUUGGCGGGGACUUUGAUGAGCCAUUUAUAUAUGAAGUUCAUCGGCUACGUGAUGGAAAAAGCUUUGCUACCCGAAGAGUAGAUGCAAUCCAAAAGGGAAACAUGAUAUUCACAUUGCUCGCUUCAUUUCAAAAAGAAGAAGAAGGGUUUGACCACCAAGAAGCAACAAUGCCUGCUGUACCCCCGCCAGGGAUGCUUUGGCCAAUGGAGGAGGUUCAUGAGAGCUUCCUUACCAAUCCACUUCUUCCAAGGACUUAUCGGAACAUGGUGGCGACAGGAAAAUAUAUCCCUUGGCCCAUAGAGAUACGUUUUUGUGAGCCCAGCACUUCAACAUAUGGGAUUAAAUCUCCUCCAAGUUUGAGGUAUUGGUUGAGAGCAAAGGAUAAACUCUCUGAUGACCAGGCUUUGCAUAGAUGUGUUGUGGCAUAUGCAUCAGAUCUAAUAUUUCUUAAUGUAAGUUUGAAUCCCCACCGUAGGAAGGGUUUGGAGACGAUUUCUGCUAGUCUAAACCACUCGAUGUGGUUCCACCGGUCGGUCAGAGCUGAUGAUUGGAUAUGUUUUGUGAUCUACAGUCCUGUUGCCAACAAUGCACGGGGCUUUGUUUCGGGCCAAAUGUUCGAUAGAAAGGGAGAGCUUCUUGUAUCAUUAACUCAAGAGGGCCUAAUUAGGAAGGAUAGAAGUCCAAAUCCACCUGUCACAUCGAAGCUGUAAACUGAGCACCUGUACGUACAGGAGAGACCUCUUACUAUGUAUCUCUGUCAUCUUCACUAGUUUUAAAUAGAAGUCUGGUCACAUGUUUUUCAAAAAUUGCUCCCUAUAAUUGUCUUGUUUACGGCUUCUACUUGUCGUUGUCUGAUGGCUUGUGGGUGACUUGAGUAGAGAAAUAGUUGCAGAUUUAGUUCUGCACACCGUGCUCAGGGGGGAACCUUACGUUCUCCCAUUGUAUUCCAAGUUGUAAUGGUAACUAGGGCUCCUGAUUCCACCUAGUGAACUCAUCCUUUUCAUGUUUAAUGAAAAGGGUUGUGUUGAUUUUUUCUCUUAAAA